AUGCAUGUAUUUGUAUAUCCCAUGCAGAUUCAUUUGAUUGGAAUAGCUGAGAAUAUCAUUUUAUCCUUCAGUCUUACUCUCAGAUUCAGCAGUAAUCAAUACUUGUUUACAACAGUAGAGAUUAGACCGGAGGUGGUGGAGAAGGUCAUCUAUGACAUGGUCUUAAGCAGGGUCAGAAGUAUAGAGCUGUCUGUAGAAAGAUGCAGCAGCAUCAGAGAGGCUAUCAGAUUUGGUGCAAAGUAUGUCAGUGAUAGGAUGGUGGAAGCAAUCAAUAGUCUUGAAUGUUUGUCAAGAGGCAAUAGUAAACUUAAGAUAUCCAGCAGAGUUUUUAUCAUUUUUGGGCCAUUGUUUACUAGACCGCAAGGCAAGGAUCUCUAUCCAUUUGAGUUGGAUGUCUUCCAGGAGGCAGAGGAUAUGUUGGUAACUGGUAGUUGCGUGAAGGGUUGUUGA